CAUGCAUCUAGAAUCAUCGACAGUGCCAUCGGGGUACCUCCACCUCUAGUUUUUAAGGCGCUCAGAACGUCAUGGACUUCGCCAGCGUGCUCGGUAAAAGCGAGGCGCACCAGCGCACCAUCAUCCACCUGGAUAUGGACUACUUUUACGCUCAGGUGGAGGAGACGGAUCCGACGCUGCGGUCGAAGGCUGGAAUCCAGCAGAAGAACAUUGUGGUGACCUGUAACUAUGUGGCGCGGGCCAAAGGAGUGGCCAAGCUAAUGCUCAUAGCAGAGGCACAACGCAUCUGUCCAGAGUUGGUCCUCGUCAAUGGCGAGGAUCUGGCUCCGUAUCGCCAGAUGUCGCAACGAAUCUUCGACCUGCUGCUUAACUACACUCCCCUGGUGGAGAAGCUCGGCUUCGAUGAAAACUUUAUGGAUGUAACUGCCUUGGUGGAACUGCGACAGGCUCAUGUCGCUGAGGCGCAGCUUAGGCCACCAGUGGGUCACAUAUAUCCAGCGGAUGGCACCCCCUUGUCCACUUGCGGCUGCGGCUGUGCCCAGCGACUUGCCAUUGGCACUCGGAUCGCCCAGGAAAUCAGGGAGGAACUUAAGCUUCGCCUGGGCAUAACCUGCUGCGCCGGAAUCGCAUACAACAAACUGCUGGCCAAGCUGGUCGGCAGCAGCCACAAACCCAAUCAGCAGACCGUCCUAGUUUCCACCUAUGCGGAGCAGUUUAUGCGGGAACUGGGCGACAUAAAGCGAGUCACUGGGAUUGGCCAGAAGACGCAGUGCCUUCUGAUGGAGGCGGGCAUGUCAUCUGUGGAGCAGUUGCAACAGUGUGACAUGGACGUGAUGCGGAAGAAAUUCGGCUUUGAGACGGCCACCCGACUGCGGGAUCUGGCCUUCGGUCGCGACACGAGUUCCGUUCGACCUACCGGAAAACCAAAAACCAUUGGAAUGGAAGAUGCCUGCAAGCCUAUCUCAGUGCGAACCGAUGUGGAGGAAAGGUUCCGUAUGCUACUCAAGCGGCUGGUGGAGCAGGUUGCAGAGGACGGACGCGUUCCCAUCGCCAUCAAGGUGGUGUUGCGAAAGUUCGAUUCCCAGAAGAAGAGCAGUCACCGAGAGACCAAACAGGCCAACAUCCUACCCUCCCUUUUUAAGACCUCUGUGUGUCCAGGAGAAACUGGCGUAAGCAAGGUACAACUGGCGGACGGGGCCCAGGAGAAACUACUCAAGAUUGUGAUGCGACUGUUUGAGCGAAUCGUAGACAUGAGCAAGCCCUUCAAUAUCACUCUACUGGCUGCCUUCUCCAAAUUCCAGGAGCGCAAGGUGGGCUCCUCAUCUAUAGCUAAUUUCCUGAUCAAGAAGGCGGAUCUGGAGGUGCAAUCGAUCACCUCACUGACAAACACGAGUCUCACAAGUCCCACAGCGGAAAGUCCUACCUCGGACGAAUCCGCUUUCCGCUCCUCACCAACAACAUUCAAGCCGAGCGAUCAGUUUUAUAGGAGAAGAGCCACAACAGCAUCGCCGGUUCUGCUUCUGGAUAAUGGAUCGGAAUCGGCGGCUACUAACUCAGAUUUCAGCGACUUCUCUGAGACGGAGGUGGAGCCCUCGCCGAAAAAGAGCCGCAUUGGCCGGCUACUAGUGUCCAAGCGCAGCCGUUUGGCGGCGGAUGUUGGGGAUUCCGCCGCGGAGGUAGCCUCACCCAGCAAACUGCGUGUCUGUGAUUUGCGCCUGAACUCGCGGGACAGCGAGAAGGACUUCCCCAUGAGCACAACUCCAUCUACUUCUACAUCUGCGCCUGCUCCUCGCUUCCGCACCGUCCAGCCACCGAACACGCUGUUGCAGCGAAUCGACGGCAGCCUCCGGUUUGUAUCCACGCGCACUGCCAGUCGCUUAAGCUCAAACGCUAGCUCUACGGCCUCAUCGCCACUUCCUUCGCCCAUGGACGAUUCCACGACGAUGAGCGCGCCCAGCACACCAACCAUGUCUUUCGCCCCACCCAUUACAACAGCAGUGGUUGCCACCACAACCAGCGAUUCUUCAAGUGAUGUCCUCACGAAUAUCGCCUGUCCAGCGGGUGUGGAUGCAGAGGUGUUCAAGGAGCUGCCCGUGGAGUUGCAAACCGAGUUGAUCGCAUCGUGGCGCAGUUCCUUGGUGGCUGCCGUGGAGCAAACGAACGGGUCAGGUUCCACCACAUCCACAGCGAUUGCAAGUGGAGCACCAGCUACUGCCACCACCGCCAGCGGAGGACAGAAGAACACGUUAUAUCGCUACUUUCUGCGGAACAAGUGAUGCAGUGCAUCCAAGCAUCACAUCGUUUCUAGUUGUAAGAACAAAGUGAAUAAAUCCGUUUAUAAAUAUGAUAUAUUUUUGUAGGUAUACGGUUACAGAUUGUAAGUUUUAGGGCGCCGCUUUGGACGAACCUAAGCUAGGAUACAUAUUUAAAAUGGUAGAUUCCUAGGACUGAGCCAUUUGGCAGUUAUUUGAAUAAACCGUGAAAUUUUAACUUGUAUUAAAGAAAAAAAUUAAGUUUGAACAUCACUUAUACAUUAUUAUGAAUUUUUUCAAAAGAAUUGGUUGUAAAUGAAUAAAAUGAUCCAAAAAUGUUAAUAUCUAA